AUGGAGAAAAAUCGUACCCUGUGGUCAACCGCCUCCCCAAGCGCCUUAUUUAUAGGUUCCCUUCUUCAGCACUGUCGUCAGCAACUGCAGGCUUUACAGACCCGAAAACAAAGUUCUAAUGAUGAGUUGAAGGACUUUGUCAAAGACAUGAAAGAGCAGACAAAGGAGAUUAGUUAUGAACUGGAGGAGGAACCACCCGACACUCAGAGGUGGUACAUACGCCGCAGAUCGGACACCACGGCACCACCGCCUGUGGCAAAACUAAGAUCAAAUAAGGAUUGCGAAGAUGUGUAUUGUGAGGUGUGCCAGUGUAUGUUUAAGAAAGCAGAGAAGCAAUAUCCUUGUCGAAUCUGUGAAGGAAUUUUCCACAAGGACUGUGUCAUGGGAAUAAAAAAUCUCCACCCUUCCCAUAAAUCCACCAUAGAGCGAGCAAAUACCAAAAUAGGAUGGAGUUGUCCUGCCUGUGAUGAUCUGAGCCUGUUAUUGUCUGAAGACGAGUUGAACAAUAUUUUACAAACAUUCGACGAAGAAAUCAAUCCAAAAGGGGACCAUAUUUCUUUUGAGGAGUUUCUUGCUUUCAAAAAACGUCAAUAUGACAUAACGGAAGAUGAUCACGAUCACCUUCGCCUGGAGUUUCAAUUGGUCGACACCGACUCCAACGGACAAAUUGAUUGGUGGGAGUUUCUAACGUAUCAGGCCAAAAUGAGGCUGUUUUCUCGUAGCCAGGAAGAGUUAGUGGACCUUCUGACCGUGAAGGAGAUGGAGGUGGCACAAUCUGCAUUUUCUCGACUGAAGUUAAACAGAAGUGGGAGAGUGUCCCCAGGGGAAUCAAGGCGACUCCUGUCAGAGUGGUACCGGUUUCUAGAUGAACAUGGCGGGAGAGAAGACGUUCUUGAUAACUAUGCAAGACUUGCAACAACUAGAGUUAUGGCCCUGGAUAAAACACCAUUGCAGUAG